CCCUUUUAAGGCACCAUGCCGGGGCAGGAGGGGCGUGGGUACCUGAGAGGGCGGAGGAUAAAAGCCCCCCGGCGUCUACUGAUCUUUACCCAGAGCGUGUCUGAGCCUCAGCCGUCCACCCAGCCUCUCCUUCCUCUUCAUCUCACAGCCCAUCCAUCCAGAGCCAUGGCCCCCAAGAAGAAGGAAGAGCCCAAACCCGCAGCCCCCAAGCCCCCAGAGCCCGAGCCCGUCAAGGAGCCCGAGUUUAACCCGGCUGAGGUGCAGCUCGAGUUCACCGCCGAGCAGAUCGAGGACUUCAAGGACGCGUUCCAGCUGUUCGACAGAACGCCCACCAACGAGAUGAAGAUCACCUUCGCUCAGUGUGGAGACGUGAUCCGAGCGCUGGGGCAGAACCCCACCAACGCUGAGGUCAUGUACGUCCUUGGGAAGCCCAAAGCUGAAGACAUGAAUGUAAAGAUGCUGGACUUCGACGAGUUCCUGCCCCGGUUCCAGUUUAUCUGCAAGGCUAAAGGUCGCGGCACCUUUGAGGACUUCGUAGAGGGUCUGAGGGUCUUCGAUAAGGAGGGAAACGGCACAGUGAUGGGCGCUGAGCUCCGACACGUCCUCGCCACCCUGGGUGAGAAGAUGAAGGAGGAUGAGGUGGAGCAGCUGAUGGCUGGUCAGGAGGACGCUAACGGCUGCAUUAACUAUGAGGCGUUUGUGAAGCACAUCAUGGCUGGCUGAGCAGAUUGUCUUUUCUGAAGAACGUCGGCUGAGGAUGCGAAGUGUUCGCACAGCUUCUUCUUUCCUUCUCUUCCUUUUUUCCUUUUCUUUUCUUACUUUUCUUUCCUCUUCUUUUCUUUUCUUCUCUUUUUGUAUAAACCAUUUCACACCUCGUCCACUGGUCUCUCCAUCCUCCAUCUACGACCACUGUCUCGGACGCUCUUCCUAUUCUUCUUCUUCUUCUUCUUCUUCUUCUUCUCCUUUUCUAAAGUCUGUACAGCCAAAUCAUGUUCUGACUCUACUGUAUGUCCUCACUGUCUCGUUUUUGUGGAUAAAAAAUGAAAAGGUUUAAAUAAACAUUGUGAUUGAGUAAA